AUGCAAUCUUAUAAUCGCUUGUGUGAUAAUGAGGUUUUCCUUAUAGACGCCAGCAUCUCAUUUUACAAACAGUGCAUGUUUGUGUCUUUAUAUGACUUGUCACAGACCCAUAAAUGACACGGCUUACGUAUAUUGGGCAGAAUCACAUCACCUGAAAAGAAGCGUGAUGCAGGAAGACUCAGUUAUCUAACAUGACAAUUCUCUCUCUCCAUCUUGAGUUUAUAAGUCGGAAUCAUGUGCCAAAGGGAUGGCAGGGGGAAGACUUCUGGAGUUAUUCUGGCUCCUGGUGGCUGGCUUUACAUUUUAAAAAGACAUGAUCAUUAUCCCGUCUUUCUAAGGAAACAGACAAAAGGACACUGGUGUAAAACUUCCCCCCAAACAAUUCAAUUGGAGGAAGUGUGUCACUGACUUUUCCCCUCUCCAUGAAGCACAUUUCCUUCCUACUCUUUGCCUCUCUUAUCUGGGAGAAUUUUUUUCUCCCAAGUGAAGCAUGAACCGUUGUUAAGUGGAAAAUGGAGGCUGAAUUUUACGUGACGAUUCUAACCUGCCUGGUCCUCAGGAGCUUGGAGGGGUUCCAGAUAGUCCAUGUACGUAAACAGCAAUGCCUCUCCAUAAAUCAGAAAGUGAUCAUGGGCUCGUGCGAUGGCACCAGCCAGAACCAACAGUGGCUGUCAACCGAGAACGGGAAGUUCUUCCAUGUUAAAUCUGGACUGUGCCUGGGCAUCUCCAACUCCUCAAGGGGCCCCUUCCAACCAGCAGUCGCCACUCCCUGUGCCCAGGCACCCCGAUGGACCUGCCAUGAUCAAGAAGGUUUCCUUGAGGUGGAAAAUACCUCUCUCUUUCUCAAGAAACAAAACCGUAAAGUAGUGGUCAGGAAAAUCAGUAAAUACCUCGACAGCUGGAUGAAAUUAGACUUCAACAAGGAGGGGAAACUGGUCAAUGAAAGCCUCUGUCUAAAGCAAGCUGGCCUGGGAACAGAAGUCUCAGUGCGGAUUGCUAGAAACUCAGCUACUCCCCAGAUUCCCACAACUUUAAACACGGUCCCAUACAGCCCAGAACACACUAGGAAUACCACGGAGGCGUUCCUUGGGAGCACGGCUGAGACCUACAGUCAAAGCAGCAGCAAGAGAGACCUCCCCAGUCUGCACACGGCUCGAGCGGCAGACACCACCUGGAGUCCAUCGACCACCCCACCCUUCUCCAGCACCACUUCAGAGACUGGCGUGGCAGAGCUAGCGAAGUGUAACUUCACCGUGUUGGAGUCCAGGGUCUCCAGCUCGGCAGCAUCUAUCCAGUGGAGGACGUUUGGGUCAGCCUGUAACUUUAGCCUCAUCUACAGCAGUGACAACUCAGGGCCCUUGUGGUGCCACCCCUUCCGGAGAGACAACACCACCUAUGGAUGUGACCCCAAGGAUUUACAAGCAGGGACCACCUAUAACUUCAGGAUUGUUUCUCUGGAUGGAGAAGAGAGAACUCUGGUCUUACAGACAGAUCCCCUGCCUCCUGCCAGGUUUGAAGUCAACCCUGAGAAGACAGCUUCAACUACCCUGCAAGUCCAGUGGACCCCCUCUUCCGGAAAAGUCACCAGGUAUGAGGUGCAAUUAUUUGAUGAGAACAAUCAAAAGAUACGAGAAGUCCAAGUUCGAGAAAGUAUCACAUGGAGCCAAUACACCUUCUUGAACCUCACUGCUGGUAGUAACUACAAAAUUGCCAUCACAGCUGUGUCUGGAGAAAAACGCUCCUCUCCCAUGUAUAUCAAUGGAUCAACAGUGCCGUCUCCAGUGAAAGAUAUCGGCGUUUCCCCCAAUCCGAAUUCUCUCCUCAUUUCCUGGUCUCGUGGUUCUGGGAAUGUGGAGCAAUACAGGCUGAUGCUGAUGGAUAAAGGAACCAUAGUCCAAGACAGGAAGGUGGACAAGCAGGACACUUCUUACGCUUUACAUGGCUUGACCCCUGGCCACCUCUACAACCUCACCAUUGUCACCAUGGCCUCGGGCCUGCAAAACUACCGGUGGAGACUAGUGAGGACAGCUCCGAUGGCGGUCCCAGAUCUGAAGGUCACAAAUGAUGGCAGUCCGACUUCUCUAAAAGUCAAGUGGCAGAAACCUCUUGGAGAUGUAGACUCCUACAACGUUACCCUGUCUCACCAAGGGACCAUCAAGGAAUCCAAAACAUUAGCGCCUCGUGUUACUGAAAUUCAGUUUACAGACUUAGUUCCUGGGCGGCUUUACCAGGUUACCAUCAUCUGUGUCUCUGGUGAACUGUCUGCUCAGAAGAUGGCAAUGGGCAGAACAGUUCCAGAAAAGGUGAGGAAUCUGGUUUCAUACAAUGAGAUUUGGAUGAAGUCCUUCGCAGUGAACUGGACGCCCCCUGCUGGAGACUGGGAGCACUAUCGUGUCCUGCUCUUCAACGAGUCCUUGGCGCUUCUCAACACCACAGUGGGAAAGGAGAAAACACACUAUGUCAUGGAUGUCCUGGAGCUCAUACCAGGGAGACAGUAUGAGGUGGAAGUCAUCGUUGAGAGUGGAGAUCUGAGGAAUUCUGAGCGCUGCCAAGGCAGGACAGUCCCCCUGGCUGUCCUCCAGCUUCGUGUCAAACACGCUAAUGAGACCUCACUGGGCAUCACGUGGCAGGCCCCUACAGGUGAAUGGGAGAAAUACAUCAUUUCACUGAUGGACAGAGACCUCUUAGUCAUCCACAAAUCGCUCUCCAAGGAUGCCAAAGAAUUCACCUUUACAGACCUGAUGCCUGGACGAAAUUACAAGGCGACCAUCACCAGUAUGAGUGGAGAUUUAAAACAGUCAUCUUCAGUAAAAGGAAGAACAGUGCCUGCCCAAGUGACUGACUUGUACGUCACCAACCAAGGCAUGACCAGUAGUCUGCUCACUAACUGGACAAAGGCAUCAGGAGACGUAGAGUUCUACCAACUUUUACUGAUCCAUGAAAAUGUGGUCAUCAAAAACGAGAGUGUCUCCAGUGAGACCAGCAGGUACAGCUUCCGAGCCUUGAAAUCCGGCAGCCUCUACUCAGUGGUGGUGACGACAGUGAGCGGAGGGAUCUCUUCCCGACAGGUGGUGGCAGAAGGAAGAACAGUCCCGUCCAGUGUGAGCGGAGUAACAGUCAGCAACUCUGGCCGUAAUGAUUACCUCAGCGUUUCCUGGCUGCCGGCGCCUGGAGACGUGGAUAACUACGUGGUGAGCCUGUCCCACGACGGCAGGGUGGUUCAGUCCCUCAACAUCGCCAAGACGGUCAGCGAGUGCUCCUUCAGCUCCCUCACUCCGGGCCGCCUCUACAAUGUCACCAUAACCAGCAGGAGUGGCGAUUACGCGAGCCGUUCCUUCAGCGAAGAACGGACAGUGCCCGACAAGGUCCAAGGAAUCAGUGUCAGCAACUCAGCCAGGAGCGACUACCUAAAGGUGUCCUGGGUACAUGCCACUGGAGACUUUGAUCACUAUCAAGUCACCAUCAAAAACAAAAACAACCUCAUUCAAACCAAAAUCAUUCCCAAGUCAGAAAACGAGUGUGUAUUUGUUCAGCUCAUCCCUGGACGCCUGUACAGUGUCACUGUCAGUACAAAAAGUGGACAAUAUGAAGCCAGUGAACAAGGGAAUGGGAGAACAAUGCCGGAGCCUGUCAAGAGCCUCACACUCCUCAACAGGAGCACCGAGGAUCUCCACGUGACAUGGUCAAGAGCCAGUGGGGACGUCGACCAGUAUGAGGUCCAGCUGCUCUUCAACGACAUGAAAGUCUUUCCACCCAUUCACCUCGUAAACACCGCCACUGAGUACCAGUUCACCGCGCUCACCCCGGGGCGCCAUUACAAAAUCCUUGUCCUGACCGUCAGCGGUGACGUCCAGCAGUCAGCCUUCAUCGAGGGCCUCACCGUUCCCAGUACUGUCAAGAAUGUUCACGUUUCUGCCAACGGAGCCACGGAUAGGUUGAUGGUAACCUGGACCCCAGGCGGGGGAGACAUGGACUCCUAUGUGGUGUCAGCAUUCAGGCAGGACGAGAAGGUUGAAUCCCAGACUAUCCCCAAGCACAUCUCUGAGCACGUUUUCCACAGGCUGGAAGCCGGAGCCAAAUACAGGAUCGUCAUUGCUUCUGUCAGUGGGUCCCUGAGCAACCAGGUGGACAUGCUCGGGCAGACGGUUCCAGCAUCCGUCCAGGGAGUCGUGGCAGACAAUGCGUACAGCAGUAACUCCCUGACAGUGAGUUGGCAGAAAGCUGUCGGUGUGGCGGAAAGAUACGACAUCCUGCUUCUGAAUGAGAACGGGCUUCUUUUGAGCAAUACGUCAGAGGCAGCUACCGCCAAGCAGCACAAAUUUGAAGAUCUAACGCCCGGCAAGAAAUACAAGAUGCAGAUCUUAACUGUCAGCGGAGGACUCUCCAGUAAGGCAGCCCAGGCUGAAGGCCGGACGGUCCCCGCAGCUGUCACCAAUCUGAGGAUCACAGAGAACUCCACCAGACACCUGUCCUUCAGCUGGACUGCCUCGGAGGGCGAGCUCAGCUGGUACAACAUCUUUCUGUACAACCCAGACAAAACGCUUCAGGAAAGGGCUCAAGUUGACCCGCUGGUGCAGAGCUUCUCUUUCCAGAACUUGCUACAAGGCCGCAUGUACAAGAUGGUGAUCGUGACGCACAGUGGGGAGCUGUCCAACGAGUCCUUUAUAUUCGGCAGAACAGUCCCAGCUGCAGUGAAUCAUCUCAGAGGAUCCAAUCGGAACAUGACAGACAGCCUUUGGUUCAGCUGGAGCCCGGCCUCCGGGGACUUUGACUUCUACGAGCUGAUUCUCUACAACCCCAAUGGCACGAAGAAGGAGAGCUGGAAGGACAAGGGCCUGACAGAGUGGCGCUUCCAAGGUCUCGUUCCUGGAAGGAAAUACACACUGUGUGUGGUGACGCACAGCGGGGACCUCAGCAAUCAAGUCACAGGGGAGGGCAGAACAGCCCCCAGUCCCCCCAGUCUCUUGUCAUUUGCUGAUGUUGCGAACACUUCCUUGGCCAUCACCUGGAAGGGACCCCCAGACUGGACAGAUUACAACGACUUUGAGCUGCAGUGGCUCCCUGGAGAUGCACUGACGGUCUUCAACCCCUACAGCAGCAGAAAAUCAGAAGGACGCAUUGUGUAUGGGCUUCGCCCAGGGAGGUCCUAUCAGUUCAGCGUCAAGACUGUCAGUGGAGAUUCCUGGAAAACCUACAGCAAACCAAUUUCUGGGUCUGUGAGGACAAAGCCGGACAAGAUACAAAACCUGCACUGCCGCCCUCAGAACUCGACGGCCAUUGCCUGCUCUUGGGUACCGCCUGAUUCCGACUUUGAUGGCUAUAGCAUUGAAUGUCGAAAAAUGGAUACCCAAGAAAUCGAGUUUUCCAGAAAGCUAGACAAAGAAAAAUCUCUCCUCAACAUCAUGAUGCUAGUGCCUCAUAAGAGGUACCUGGUGUCCAUCAAGGUGCAGUCGGCGGGGGUGACCAGCGAGGUGGUUGAAGACAGCACCAUCACUAUGAUAGACCGCCCUCCUCCACCGCCCCCGCACAUCCGUGUGAAUGAAAAGGAUGUGCUGAUCAGCAAAUCUUCCAUCAACUUCACCGUCAACUGUAGCUGGUUCAGUGACACCAACGGAGCUGUGAAAUACUUCGCAGUGGUGGUGAGAGAGGCUGACGGCAUGGAUGAGCUAAGACCAGAACAACAGCACCCUCUCCCUUCCUACCUGGAAUACAGGCACAACGCUUCCGUUCAUGUCUACCAGACCAAUUAUUUUGCCAGCAAAUGUGCUGAAAGUCCUGAGAGCAGUUCUAAGAGCUUCAACAUCAAGCUUGGAGGAGAGAUGGACAGCCUUGGCGGCAAAUGUGAUCCCAGUCAGCAACACUUCUGUGAUGGACCGCUGAAGCCACACACCGCCUACAGAAUCAGUAUCCGGGCUUUUACACAGCUAUUUGAUGAGGACUUGAAAGAGUUCACAAAACCUCUCUACUCAGAUACAUUUUUCUCUUUGCCCAUCACCACUGAGUCAGAGCCCUUGUUUGGAGUUAUUGAAGGUGUGAGUGCUGGCCUCUUUCUAAUUGGCAUGCUGGUGGCCCUUGUUGCCUUCUUCAUCUGCAGACAGAAAGUUAACCACGGCCGGGAAAGGCCAUCUGCCCGCCUGAGCAUUCGAAGGGACCGGCCUUUGUCUGUCCAUUUAAAUCUGGGCCAGAAAGGCAACCGGAAAACUUCUUGCCCCAUAAAGAUAAAUCAGUUUGAAGGACAUUUCAUGAAGCUCCAGGCUGACUCCAACUACCUUCUAUCCAAGGAAUAUGAGGACUUGAAAGACGUGGGUCGAAGCCAAUCAUGUGAUAUUGCCCUCUUGCCUGAGAACCGAGGAAAAAAUCGAUAUAACAACAUACUGCCCUACGAUGCCUCGAGAGUGAAGCUGUCCAAUGUGGACGAUGACCCAUGCUCUGACUACAUCAAUGCCAGCUACAUCCCUGGAAACAACUUCAGAAGAGAGUAUAUCGCCACUCAGGGACCGCUUCCUGGCACCAAGGACGACUUCUGGAAAAUGGCGUGGGAGCAAAACGUUCACAACAUCGUCAUGGUGACCCAGUGUGUUGAGAAAGGCCGAGUGAAGUGUGACCAUUACUGGCCAGCAGACCAAGACCCCCUCUACUAUGGGGACCUCAUCCUGCAGAUGGUCUCAGAGUCCGUGCUACCCGAGUGGACCAUCAGGGAAUUUAAGAUAUGCAGUGAAGAACAGUUGGACGCACACAGGCUCAUCCGCCACUUUCACUACACAGUGUGGCCAGACCAUGGGGUCCCAGAGACCACCCAGUCCCUGAUCCAGUUUGUGAGGACCGUCAGGGACUACAUCAACAGGAGCCAAGGGGCGGGGCCCACCGUAGUGCACUGCAGCGCUGGCGUGGGCAGAACGGGGACAUUUGUUGCCUUGGACCGGAUCCUCCAGCAGUUGGACUCAAAGGAUGCUGUGGACAUUUACGGAGCAGUGCACGACCUUAGACUGCACAGGGUCCACAUGGUCCAGACGGAGUGUCAGUACAUAUAUUUGCAUCAGUGCGUGAGAGAUGUCCUCAGAGCGAGGAAACUGCGGAACGAACAAGAAAACCCCCUGUUUCCCAUCUAUGAAAAUGUGAAUCCAGAAUAUCACAGAGAUCCAAUCUACUAGAGACGUUAAGAACACACCUGAAGAUCCCCUGGAUAAACGUUUUUCACUGUGUGACUUUUAAAAAGGAAACCUUGCUUCAUGCCCUGCAGAGGUGCCAGCUAUUUCUGUUGAUACUAUGUAUAAUUUAUUAAUCUGGAGAAUGUUAAAGAAUUUAUGUAAUUUAAAGGUAACAGAUAUUAUUGUAUAUACUUGUAUUUUGUAGUUCCUUCUGUAAAUAUGUAUUUUUCAUAAUGUUUAAAAUUAAGGUUUAUAUAAUACUAUUUUUUUGCACACUAAAGUGUCCAUGGCUUGUUCUGCAUAAACCGAUCCCACCUAUACGACAGGUGAAAUGUGUGCCGAGGAAGCUGCAAGAACAAUCCCUGGGGCUGUUUCUUGCCUAUCUCGAUAUUCACUGGGUAAACCAAAGUCAGAGCUAGAGAGAGCAUACCAGAAGCCCAGCUUUGCUGAGCUGCUUUUUCACGAAGGAACCUCAGGACCUAAAGAGUGUAACAGUCAAAGAAAGAUUAGGGCAAUGGCUACACCUCUGUGAUAGACCAUAUGCCAAGAAAUUAAAAAUAAACAAAUAAAGGAUUAGACAGCACCAAAGCCGAGCUAGGUGUUGUCUAAACUAGAAGCUUGUUGGCUGACUCCUCCCGGAAUUACAAGCCAUGGUCACUCAAGGGCAUUGAAACUUGCAGCGACUGAAGAGUGGAAGGUUCUGAUAGUGAGUGAUACUAAGAGAUGUGAGGUGUACCUUGUGACAAUGCCACCUGUACCUCUGAUGGAACCUCAAGCACAAAGCAGGCUGCAUGCCUGCAGCAGCCGCACUUGGUUUUCCUUCGGAAAGAGCUACAGUGAGUGGUAGGUCAUGUUCCUGAUCAAAGAAAGCACCGUCUACCAACACAUUCAUAGAAAUAGCUACAAUAUCACCUAUAGGAUUAAACAAUGGUAAAAAACAAGCAAACAAACAAACCCCGGCUGUCCUUAAUCAAAAAAUCCAUCCGAAGAUCUUUUUUAAAUAAGUCGGUGCAGUUAAAAUGUUGUCUAGUACACUCACCUGAAGCUUCGUUUAAUAUGAAUGACACCACACACACACACACACACACACACACACACACACACACGAUCUAACAAGUUUACCUUUAAGACCUGUGCUUUAUUUUGGAUAUUAAUAAUUCCAGUGAAUCAGAAAGUGGACAUUGACCAAAUCAAGACUCAAUUCAAAGAUGUUUCCUGAGGAAGGUAUGGAAAGAGCAGUGUGGUCGCCUGAGUGACCAGUCACAUUUGUUAACUUCAGGGCUUCGUGGACAGAAACACCACGUUUCUCUCCAACGUUUGCUGCAUCCCAUAAAUUCCAAUGGUAAAACAGAUAUAAUUGGUAUAGCAAUUGAAAAUGUUUAACUAUAGCUAAGGUCAUUGUAACCUUAGUUUGUGAAUAUAUUGUGAUAUCCAAAAAAUUACAUAACUCCGCACCCAACCUGGACAUUUUUUUAUGGUGCAUCUGAAGCUCAUAGAAACAGAGGAGCAGCUCCUAAGGAUUCCCCCCGCUGUCCUCCCCCCACCCCCCGGUCAGAACUCAGAGUCCUCACAGUGUCACUGUGCUCUGUGUGAAGACUGACGCUAUGAGGCUCUGGUCUUGUGUCCAGAGAUGCAUCAAAUGUUUUGAUCAUUUCAUCAGGAGAAAGAGGAAGAGAGGUAUAAGCAUGGGGACAGGCAACUAGAGAGAAAAUAGAGGUCAGACAUGGUUUUGCUUGGUGUCUGUUAGGAAUCAUGUUUCUUAGAGGAAGAAGAAAAGGCUAGGCUCAGGGAGCAGCCAUGAGGUAGCACGUUUGUGUGUCCACUUCCCCCUCCUCCUGAGAAGAGGAAAACAACAGAGUUGUAAAGUCAUGUAGCUCGGAACAAAGCAUGUUGAUAACCUGGAAAGAGAAGUUCAUUUUCGUUCUGAGAGAAGUUCCAGCAAGGGCCUGCCUAAAACAGGCUAGCACUGUUCCAAAAUCUUUGUCCUCAAGGAGAAUGCACAAUGGCAAUGAGAGUAGCUCUCUCUCUCUUUCUCUCUCUCUCUCUGCCCCCCCCCAGUUGUAAUACAAAUCUAGUUGAUCUACUCAUGGACUUUAGCAGAGAGCGGGGAACUGUAGGGUAGAAUGCUUGCUUGGCAUGUGGAGAGGCCCUCGGUUUAGUCUCAGGAGCCACAAAAUAGGUAAGGAGAGAAAAAGAAAGGUUUCUUUGCCAUUUGCUCCAUAGGAUGCAUCCGCAUUUAAUUGCAUCAUGAGGCUGUGUCUUGGUAAACACUCCACUUCCUGCCUUGGGGAGCACCCUGUCUGCACCUGAGUGCCUCUCUUUAAUCAUCAAGGCUUCAAGGUACUUCAAGGCCAUCAAACCUUAAGAGAGUCUGUUUUGCAUCUGAAUAAUUAUUUACCCAGGUUCCUUAUAAUUAACUCCUUUAAUCUCUUCACAUUAAAUCAAUUUCACAUUAUCAUUCUGCUUUUCUCUGGAAAGCUGCCAAGUUUUUCCACCCCUGAAUCAGAUUUUCGCAGAUGCAUCUCCCUGUCUGGGCUCUCAAAUGUUUCUCUUGAGGCAUUCCCCCCCUUUAGUGCUGGGGUCCCACGUUGCUUGCUGAUUCUUCCCAUUGGACAGUUCACUGGGUCAGUUGGAUAGGAUUCUAUCUUCUGUUCAUCUCGUCUCCUUUCACCCCUGGCUAACAUUCCAUACUCUCAACAUUACAGAGGAGUGAUCAAGACCUAAUUUUUCAGCAUGAAAACGGGAGCAAUACAGCAACAUGGGGUUAGAUAUAUUUAGGAGGCUCUGUAAUUAAUUUUGUUAUUACUCCUUGGAAGAAAGCCCAAAAUGAUAUGAGAAAAUAAUAUGAAGUGGUUCAACAGAUGUCCAGCAUUACAAAAAUAGGGUUGCAUGUCACAUUUCACACUGCUUCUCUUAUCUUGGUGUUAAGGCUCUAACAUCUUAUACUGAACCGAUCCCUUUGGAAAAAAAAAGAUCUGCCAUGUCUAAAUCCUUGGUCAGUUAGUUUAUGCUAUUUUGGGAAGCUGAAUUCUGAAGUCACUAGAUCUAUAUAUUUGCCUUGGAGUCCCAGCCAUAGACCACUCUAAAAUUUUUGUUCACACAAGCUGCCCAGACCAACCUGACCAUGCCACACUGAAUAGGUAGUAAGUAAUAAGCUGCGUGGUUUAAGAAACAGUUUAGAGGUUUUCUGAGUUCUGUUCCACUGGCUAAAUAAACAAAUGAAUAAAUGUAAUUGACCAGACGAGAACAGUCCGAAGGCAUGAGCAGUGCCCCCGAGCAGGCUGUCAUCCCUGAGGACUCGGUAGAGAAAUGCCACACCUGCUUGAAUGCCCCGUUACCAUUCCGAAGAUCUUUAAUCAAGCUUCAGAAAGCACAACCAGUGUUCAAAGAACACUUCACAGCAAAGGAAACUUUAGACCAUGACUGCAGAGGGGAAGUAAAAUGAUGCAAAGAAAGGAAACUAUUGGAGAAGAGCUCACCAAAGCAGACGCCAGGAAGACAGAAUGGUAGAAAUGGUAGAAUGGUGUGUCUUCCUUCCUUCCUUCCUUCCUUCCUUCCUUCCUUCCUUCCUUCCUUCCUUCCUUCCUUCCUUCCUUCCUUCUUUCCUUCCUUCCUUCCUUCCUUCCUUCCCUCCCUUCUUGUUUCUCUUAAAAUCUCAUUAUGUAUUUCUGUUAGGACAGAUGGAAUGAGCAUCCCUAAUACCGAAAUCUGAAACUCAAAAUGCUCCAAAGUCCAAGGCUUUUUGAGCCCUGACAUGAAGCAGUGCUAAGUUCUACAGCCCCAUGUGAUGCCUCAGUCAGACACAAGCACAUUAAAAACCACCAUGUGAACCUAACAUCAGCUUUCUGUGCAGGGUACACAAGGGACAGAAAUGAACACAUUAGAUACACAUUCAAGAUUCAUAUUAUAUUUAUUCAAAAAUUCCAAAUUUAUUUUAAAAUCAAACAGAUUCUGAUCACAACCAUUUCAGGUCAAGGCUCUCCGACCUGUUACUAUUGUUGGGAUUCACUAUGACUAUGCUGGUUGGGUGAUCUAGCUGAUCUAGCUGAUUCAACCAGCUUGAACUGGUUUUUUAAUUACACAUGUGUGUGACUAAGUUUACAUGUUUUGUCAUUGUGGACAGAGCACCUUAUAGUCUUAUAGUGCAGGUUAAGUUUGAGAGUGUUUGGCCAUUUCAGUUGAAAUUCAGGGUGACAUUCGAUGCCGCCAUGAUAACAGCAAAAAAUCUGUUCUCUUCUAAAAAUGUGUGUAGCAGUGAAAACACUUCUGGCUGGAAAAAUACUUGACUUGUAGGGAAGCUUCCUUGGAAUAAAUGUAUGCAUUUUUAUUCUUUUAAGGACUGUCUAUAUAGAUAAAUUCAUUAAGUAAAAAAAUUGUUGGUGAAUGCUUCCCUAAAUGGAAGUUUAUGUAAUGGAAAUAAAAGAUCUAUUAAAAGAUUUACCAAAGAUUAUUUUUUAACCUAUACGCCAGUGCACAUGAUAUUAUAUAAGACACCAAAGAAAGUUGUUCAAAACUGUAAAUAGUGUCAGAUAAAUGUAAUGUAACCCUUCUUAGAAUAGUCACAAGAAGGAUUUGUUUGGGCUGUUUUCUGCCUCAAGUAAUGUUCUUUAAGAAGCACCCUCUUUGCCCCAACACCAAGCUUUUCUGUUAUGUCUGAGACAUAUUUCAAUAGCUACAUGUGUAAAUAUGCAUCGCACUGAGAAAGGAGUGUGUGCCUUAGAACGCUAGUGGAGAUGACCAGCCUCUAUCUGGCAGUUUGUGGGAUGGUCUACAACCAGAGUUCAGAGUCUUCUGGUCUCAGCCACACUGACAAGAGAGGGCACCAAUGCCCCCACUAAAGAACACUUCAUCUUGGCUGUUGCUUGUGAGGCUCAGUUCUCCAAGAACAAAGAGCAGGUCCCCCUGCUAAACUGCCAGCAUAUUGACAGUAGUUCACAGCUCACAUAUCCUGCAUUCUCGGUGUAGAGCAGAAGUUACUUCCAGCUGUGUGCUUUGGCUGUUAGAUCAUGCCUCCUAAUUCUAAAGUCUACAAAGGUGCACUUAGCUGCUCCAUCAUCUGUGCGAAGCAUAAAACAAUGUAAAUAAACCCAGCAACUGAACUUAUUUAUGUUCUAUAAUAGAGCAUCCUCGUGGUUUUAAAAUCAGUUACAUGUUCUCUGCAAAUCUAGUCAAAUGGCAGCGAAUCUAUUUUUUCCUACUGCUGCAUCUAUCCACACUAUUAUAUUUGUAACCAAUAAUGUCUGAACAAAGAGCCUCAUCGGCCUUUUUAGUUAAUAAUGUAUGUGCUUAAUAUAUUUUCAGAUUUGUAAUUGUGGCUAAAAGAAAGCUGUAUGGGAUCUGUACAAACCCCCACCAAUGUAGGAAUAAAACUGCUGCUCAUUGAAA